AUGCUAAGUUUCUCAAGCCACGGACACCACCCCAGAUGCUCAGUUUCUCAAGCCACGGACACCACCCCAGAGAAAAAGGGCCAAUUAAUGAGGAGAAAUGACAUACGUAAUAUAGCAAUUGUCGCUCAUGUAGAUCACGGGAAGACUACACUGGUGGAUUCAAUGUUGAAACAAGCAAAAGUGUUCCGUGAUAACCAAUUUGUACAAGAGAGGAUAAUGGAUUCAAAUGAUCUGGAGCGUGAAAGGGGAAUAACAAUACUUAGCAAAAAUACAUCAAUUACUUAUAAUGAUACAAAAAUUAACAUCAUUGAUACUCCAGGCCAUUCUGACUUUGGAGGUGAAGUGGAACGAAUUCUCAAUAUGGUGGAAGGAGUUCUUUUAGUGGUAGAUUCUGUCGAGGGUCCAAUGCCGCAGACAAGAUUUGUUUUGAAGAAGGCUCUUGAAUUUGGCCAUGCCGUAGUUGUUGUUGUUAAUAAAAUUGAUAGAUCAUCCGCUCGUCCAGAAUUUGUUGUUAAUUCCACCUUUGAACUGUUCAUUGAACUGAAUGCAUCAGAUGAACAGUGUGAUUUCCAAGUAAUAUAUGCAAGUGGUAUCAAGGGAAAGGCCGGACUUUCACCUGAAAAUUUGGCAGAUGAUCUUGGACCUCUUUUUGAGUCCAUUAUUAGAUGCAUACCUGGACCCCGUAUUGAGAAAGAUGGUGCACUUCAAAUGCUUGCUACAAAUAUCGAGUAUGAUGAACAUAAAGGGCGCAUAGCUAUUGGACGUUUACAUGCUGGGGCAUUGCGCAAAGGAAUGGAUGUGAAGAUAUGUACCUCUGAAGAUGAAUGCAGAUUUGCCAGAGUAAGUGAACUUUUUGUGUACGAGAAAUUCUUUAGAGUUCCAGCAGAGACAGUGGAAGCAGGUGAUAUAUGUGCUGUUUGCGGUAUUGAUGAUAUUCAGAUUGGGGAAACCAUUGCAGACAAAACUUCUGGGAAACCAUUACCCUCAAUUAAGGUGGAAGAACCUACUGUUAGGAUGUCUUUCUCAAUAAACACUUCACCUUUUGUUGGCCGUGAGGGGAAGUAUGUUACUGGUAGAAAUUUACGAGAUAGGUUGUACCGUGAGCUUGAGCGGAAUUUGGCCAUGAAAGUCGAAGAUGGUGAAACUUCAGAUACAUUCAUUGUUAGCGGGCGUGGUACUCUACAUAUCACAAUAUUAAUAGAGAACAUGCGGAGGGAAGGAUAUGAGUUCAUGGUGGGACCACCCAAAGUUAUCAAUAAAAAGGUUGGCGACAAGUUGCUGGAACCAUAUGAGAUUGCUACUGUUGAGGUACCCGAAGAAUACAUGGGGCCUGUUGUAGAACUUCUCGGGAGAAGGCGAGGACAAAUGUUUGACAUGCAAGGUCUUGGGUCGGAAGGAACAACUCUGGUGAAAUAUAAGAUUCCGACCCGGGGCCUCCUUGGUUUGAGAAAUUCCAUUCUUACGGCAUCUCGAGGCACAGCAGUUCUUAACACGAUAUUUGACGAAUAUGGACCAUGGGCUGGUGAUAUAAGCACCCGUGACCUGGGUUCGCUGGUUGCUUUUGAGGAUGGAACGACAUCAUCUUACGCGCUCUCAAGUUCACAAGAAAGAGGACAGCUGUUCAUUGGCCCUGGAGUCCAUGUUUAUAAAGGACAAAUAGUAGGAAUUCAUCAGCGCCCCGGUGACUUGUCCCUCAACGUCUGCAAGAAAAAAGCUGCUACAAAUAUCCGUUCCAAUAAAGAUCAAACAGUGGUUCUUGAUACCCCACUGGAUUACAGUCUGGACGACUGCAUAGAAUACAUUCAAGAAGAUGAGCUGGUUGAAAUUACUCCCCAAAGUAUUCGAAUGUCUAAAAACCCGAAGAUGGCAAAGAAGGCACGGUGA